AUGACAGCCAGUGAAAGCCAUGAAUGGCCUGACUCCUUGAACCGUGGGUGGACGUUGCACUCGCUUGUGGAGAGGACACCAGAUGAAAUGCUUGAAAUCUAUUUGAAACGGCAUGCUUGGACAGAGGCGCAUGCACUUGCAGGGAAGCAUGGCCUUGACACCAACUUGAUAUUCAAGUUCAGGUGGAGUGCAACGCCUGUGGACGAAAACAACAUCAACGAGAAUCUAAAACCUGUGACCGAUCGGAGAUGGGUGAUAGAGCAGUGCCUUGCCAGGGUGGCCGAUGUCUCGAAAGUGCAGAAAGAGCUCCUUGAGUACGGCACCCUGGAGACAGAGAGAUGGUAUCACAGGGCGCGCUCAGUGCCUGUUGAUGGGAGCAGUGCCCUACCAGAAGGCGGAAUUGCCGAUCGGGAUUGGCUGUUGCUGAGGAGAAUGGAUCUUCUUGGCUCCCUUGACCGAUUGGAGACAUUUUGCAGAGUUCAGGAAGGUGAAUACUCUGCACAGGCUUAUGAUCUGUUUCGAGUCUGUGACCUGGCAUUCGCUGCAAGGGCAUUUGCUGCCUUAGGUGAUUUGACGGGGUUGCAGAUUCUUUUGCAAAGGCACACACGAGCGCUGUUUCCCAAAAUGCUGGACAUCUUGUCCCACAUCCCAGAGGCCACCGAUCCCCGUUUAUACACCCAUCUGCUUCCAUUACCAGGCACCAUGGCUGUGGACAUGUUCAUACCAGCCAGAGAUGCCGAUUGGGCGGAGACCCAGGCCACAGCUCAACUGCUGAUGGCCUCCAUUAAGGAAACAACAGCAAGCUCCACGGUCAUGGACACUGAACACAUACUUGCUUUCAGCGAUCUUGAUACUCUGGCACUUGAUGAGAAGUCGUUGGAAAAGUGGUACACAAAGCGAGCCAAAGACAUCGACUCAGCCACAGGACAGCUAGGGUUUGCAAAAGCCCUUCUGGAGAUGGGCGUUGAAAAAGGCCUUGGUCAGGAUGUGGCAGAGCUUUUGAAAUCUGUGCAGUUUCUCAGUGGCACUGUCAAGGGCUCCCAGGCCGGCUGGUUUGUGGGCCUGGAGGAGUUCUCGGCAAUGUCAAGGGCUGGUCAGCUGAAGCUCCUUUUGGAGGGCUCCACGAUCGACAGAGUUGAGGGCGACCUUGAAGAACGUAUUCUGCCCUUCUUUGCGGGCCUUGACUCCGAGCUUCGUGCAGAGUUGCUGUCAGAUUUGUUUGCAACGCAGAUGGGGGCUCGCCUGGAGUGGUGUGAGCGCCUUGCGGAGCUGGAAGCUGCUGAGGUGCGCCUUUUUGGCAGCGGGCUACCUGGGGCACUUGCUUUUGCGAAUUCGGUGACCACUGGGAUCCUAGUGUGGCCACAAUCUGCCCAGUGGGACCAGUUGAAUGUCCUGCUUCGACAUGCUCACAGCUGCCUGGAGGCACACGAGCAUGAGCUGGAGGGCUGCACAUCGCCAGGCUGCAACAAGGCCUGGUCGCAGGCUGUGAGCGAAAUAGAGGUUCUCAAUGGUUGCAUAUCUGUUGGCAAGAGGCUUUCCGGGCUCGGUGUUGUGAUGGCGAUUGACAAGAUCAAGUCGAUGGACCAGGAGGGAGGCCUACGGGCAGUGCGAACGAUCCUUGCUCGAGCAUCACGUGCAGGGCGCUCAUGGCCUGAUGCUAAAUGGGAGGGGCUUGCAAGGGAUCUGCAGGCCAUCGGCAGGAGGCUUCCCAUGCCCCUGGAGAGUGAGACUGUCACUGCAGAGCUGUGCAGGGCUUUGCUUCGGGCUGGGAAGUUCGCUCAGGCACAGCGCCAGCUGGCAGGCGAUGUGGACUCGGCCCUGGAGAAGAACAAUGCAGAGAUGCUCGUCCUGUCUGCUGGCCGGGAGUUCCUGUACUCAGCAUCUUCCCUGGAUGUGCCUGCUGUCUCGGAUGCACGGGAAUGCUUCCAGCUCCUGCCAGACUCUCAGGCGGCCAGGCUGGAGCUGAAGGUCAUCGAGGCCUUGCAGAUGCUGCCUGCCAGGUUUGGCCUCAAUGUGCUGCCCAUGCAAAUGAAGCAGAGCAGCAGGUCACAGGUCCUGCAACAUGCUGUAACCACCCGCGCUGAAAACUACAAGGACAGGGAGGGGCUCAAGAUCCUGGCUGGACUGCUGGAUGUCACAGAUCCCAACGAACUCUCAGAGCUUGACAUAAUGGUGGGCUGGGCGGCACUGCAUGCGGGGGACCUGGCAGCUGCCCAGGAGAUCGCAGUGAGCCUCAUGAAGACGGGAUUUGAGAAUGCCUGGGAGUUCUGUGGAGCUGUCGGACAGUUUGCCCAUAGGACAGACGUGGAGCAGGGCGUCAACGUUGAAACAUGCAUGAAGUUGCUUGCUUUUGCAACUGUGUACUGCCCUGAUGACAGGAAGAUGGGUUUUGUGAAGACGCUGGUGACCUUGACCUCCCUACUGAAGAGCUUCUUCUUAUGGCAGUUUCUGGGGAUGGCAGUGAUGCAGGGUCGCACCAGGAAUGAAGUGGUGCUUCGUCUGGGCGCCUGUGCAGGGAUGCGCUGUGCCCUCCAGGAUCUGGGAUCUGGUGGAGAGUCCAAGGACGACGUGCUUGAGCUCGCACGGAACCUGGCAGCAAAGUACGGGACAGAUGCUUGGGACCUGAGUGUUGCUUUUCUGGAAUCUGCGCUGCUGGCGGCCACAGAGAUCACUCCCGGGAUUGGGGCCAUGGCUGUUUGUGAGCUUGAGAAGCUGCUGGAUAGGCCACAAGACACACUGUGUGCACUUGUCUUCCGGGUGUGGUCUGGGCUGCCAGGUGCGGCUGAGGGGAAGUUGACAUACGUGCUGUCGCUGAUGGCGGAGUGUUUGAAUGUGCUUGAUCAGCAGGGGACUCAUGGUGCAGCAGAUGCCCAGCUCCAGAAAUCGCUCGAGUCAGAGAGCUUUUGGGCAUCCUGCUUUGGACAGAUGUCCUCUGAAGACAUUUUGGCGAGUUUGAUGUUUAUGGCGCUGUGGGAGCCUGUGCCGCUGCUGAAGGGCGUGUCUGGGCUGUAUGUUGGAGCCCCGGGUCUUCCGUUGGCCAUUUGUUUGCCUGCUCUGAAGUUCGGACUGGCCAAAAUAAAGGAUGGAUCACUCAUGCUAUCAGAAGAAUCCCUUAGAAAGGUGGAUACCCUGACCUUCGAGCUCAGCAAGUGUACAGCACUCUACAGUGCACCAGAGCUGGAGGGGGUGUCCAGGGCAGAGCUCAGUGCACUUUUGGAUUCUGAUGAUCUGCUUCAUGACAUGGACGAAAUCCUGCAGCGUCUGCUGGCACAGAGACACAAGAUGGACGACCUCUUGAGAUGGACGUUUAGCAUAAUUCGGGGAACGAAUCGGUGUGUAGACGCUGUGCAGAAUGACUGCCUGUCAGAUUGGGUCACAAAGAAGGUUGCAGGCAUUGUGGAACAGAUGAUGGAUGACUGUAAGAGCAGGCUGCCAACAUACUUAAGACACAGGGGCCAACAUGGUGAUGACAGUGCAGAGGACCCAUCAGACGCCGUGUCUGCAGUCGUUGACUCUCUGGACAUUUUGUUGGAAGGCAGCGACGUUGGAGAAAAUGAGCAGAUUGAAAUGGAUGUGGACAGUGCUGUGUGUUCCAUUCGUGAGGACGUGUGGCAGAGGCUCACUGCCCUCAUUGCGGGCCUCGACGAGGAUUUGCUAAGUGGCGGAGACACCCCAAAGCUUCUGGAAAUUCAGGCUUCCAUUGCUGUCUUGAAUGUGUUAGACAGUGUGCAGGCCAGCGAUGUAGGGGAACUGGCGGCUAUUGCUGCUGCAAAGGACCAGCAAAUGCCAUCCAGUACCUGGCAGGGCCACAAAAUUAGUGCUCUCAGCCAUCCCGAAGCAGCUGCACUGUUGGACCUGCUGGAGGCCAGAGCAUCACUCCCAGACUUUUUGAGUGCUUGCCUCCUGUCGCCUUUUGACGACCUCAAGGGAAGGGCGUUCGACAGGCUGAACAACAUCGGCUCACAGGCAUUUGCGUGCAGCGAUGCUCUCUUGGCCCUUCUGCUCGAUGGCCGCUGGAUUCUGGACUUUGUGGAGCAGCCCAUAUUUAAUGGGCUGUGCCAGCCACUGAAAAAUGCUGCCCCCCACCCAUCAUUGCUGGCGGCAUGGCCAAGGCUGUGCGAUCUGGAUGCACAGGGCAGCGACGAGCGAAAAGCGGCCUCGCAGCUUGACAAGGAGCCGGCUGUCGUUGGCAGCCCUCAGGAAGGUUGGGCGCCACUGGAGGAGGAUGCUGGUGACGGGUGGGGGGUUGAUGCAGAGUGGGAAGAAACUGUGAGAGCGUCAACCAGCCCAUUGGCUGGGGUUGUUCAAGGGCGAGACUGGGAGGAGACUGUCCGUGAUGCUGCGAAGGCUGGAAAGCCCGAAGCCUGUGGUGCACAAAAGGCUGCAGUGCAGAGUUCUAAAAUGGAAAUGGAGGACCUUGUGGAUGGGGAGGGGUGGGAUGCAUCGGGGAACUGGGAGGAGACUGUUCGCGAUGCCGAGAAAGCUGUGGAUGACAGCAGUGUCUCUUGCCCUCCGACGCCAGGAUGCUCAGAUCGGAUCCCCAAAGGGGAAAUUGACGUCUACGCCAUGGAACCUCAGGUUGCAUUGGAGGACCUUGAUGCUGAAGCUUGUGACGGAUGGGGGGACGGGGACUGGGAAGAAACGGUGAAGGCUGCAGAACAGGAGGGAGCAGAGUCCAUGACUGUACUGCCUGGUCCGGUGGCUGCCAGACUCGAGGUGGGCUCGCAACAGGACGAGCAAGAUCCAGGCGGAGGCAUAGAGGACGAGCAAGGGGGAUGGGGCCACAGUGAUGAUUGGGAGGAGACAGUCAGGGCUGCUGAAGAGGCGGCUGCAAGGUCGUCAGCCGGUGAGGUGGUCGCUGAUGGGCCGGAGGGGCUGCCUGCUGGAGAGGAAGCGUGGAGGGAACGCAGAACACUGGUGGUUGUGGAAGAGCGGGGAGAUGGCGAAUGCAGAGCGGGCACAGUGCCUCUGGCGAACAGCCGGCUCGGUUUGGGAGUGGAAGACGACCCAGGCCAUCUGGCACAGCCUGUUGCAACAAACAGCGACAGGCAGUCGAUCCCAGGACCUGCGUCACCGAUUCCACAACAGGAGUCACGGCUCUGGCGAUUCGUUGUUGACCUCGGCAACACUGCUGCCGAUGCUCGUUGGGAUUCUGUGCUCCGCUGGCAAGCAUAG